UCCAUCCCUCCAUCCUGCAGGUACCCACGGGGUUGCCACGGUUGCCAGCCUUGCACACUCCAAACCGGGGGGGAGGAGGGGGCCCCCCUCCCAUUCCAAAGGAUGUAGUGGCUUCUUCCUCGGCCACCCUCCCUGCUGACCACUGACCGCUUGACCGCCCGCCCUUUCACCAGCAGGAGCCAUGUCCAGCUCGGUGAGCAAGCGUGGCGACCUGGCCAACGACAACGUCUGCCUGGGGCUGAGCCUCUCCGGGCUGGAGCCCGCCCUGCCCCACAAGGGCCCCCCUCCCCCCUCCUCCUCGUCUUCCUCCUCCGACUUGCAGGGGGUGGUGCUGGCCCCACCCUCGGCCCCCUCCACCCUGGAGGAGCCCCCUCCGGCCAACAGCAAGUGGGUGAAGGACGGGCAGAACCAGCUGCGGCAGGCGGCGGAGCGGGGCCGCGACCAGAACCGCAACGAGGUCAGCCCCCCACUGCUGCUGCCCCCCAAGACGCUCAACGCCCUCCUGAUGGCGGGAGAGGAGGAGGAGGAGGAGGAGGAAGAGAAAGAGAAGGACGAAGACGAGGAGGAAGAAGAAGAGGAGGAAGAGGAAGAGGAGGAGGAGGAGGAAGACUCCACGCCGGUGCAGAGCGAGGCUGCCACAGAGUCGGAGGAGCACAGCUCGGAGCGGGCCGCGGUGCCGCGGGGGAACGGCGGGGAGCAAGGCCGCAGCGCCAGCCUCCUCUUCGGGAUGCGCAACGCGGCCGGCAGCGACGAGGACUCCAGCUGGGCCACCCUCAGCCAGGGAAGCCCCGCCGGGAGCUCCCCCGAGGAAGCAGACUCCUUCUGGCUGUGCAACUCCCUGGAGACGGACUCGGACCUCCCGGCCGGGUGGAUGCGGGUCCAGGACACGUCUGGCACCUACUACUGGCACAUCCCCACCGGGACCACCCAAUGGGAGCCCCCCCGGGGAAGGAGGACUGCCCCACACGACAGCAACGACAACAGCGCAGACGACACGGGGGGAGGCAGCCCCCCCAGGGAGAGACAGCUCACCUGGAUGGACUUUGGCCAGGCUGACCCUUCGGAGGAGGCCGACUUCUGGAAGGAGAUCCCCUCGGAGGAGGAGGGGGGAGAGGCCACCCCCGAGGCCACCCUGGAUGAGGGUCACUCCACUCUGCGCUUGGGGGACCACGGCGGCCGGUCUUUGCAGGAGGAAGAAGAAGAGCUUGCCUUCUUGGGUGUUUCCCAGGGAUCAAAGUGCUUCCUGGUGCGCUCGCUGGGCUGGGUGGAGAUGUCCGAAGAGGAACUGACCCUUGGCCGGAGCAGCGCGGCGGUCAACGGCUGCAUCCGGCAGUUGGCGGGGGAGGGGCCCCACCCCCGGGGGAAGUGGCCGGAGGGCAAGGCCAUGAUCCUGACCCUGGAGAAGGAGACACUGGCGCUACUGGACCCGGAGGAGCGGACGGUGCUGCACAGCCAACCCAUCGCCGGCAUCCGUGUCUGGGGGGUCGGCCGGGAUAGCGGCAGGGACUUUGCGUACGUGGCCCGGGACCAGCUGGCCCAGAUGCUGAAGUGCCACGUCUUCCGGUGCCAGGCGCCCGCCAAGGACAUCGCCACCGCCCUCCAUGACAUCUGCUCCAAGAUCAUGGCAGAGCGGCAGAGCCCCCGGGGCCCCCCCAACGGGCUCUUCCUGGACCACUCCAAGCUGGUGGACGUCCCCUUCCAAGUUGAGUUCCCAGCCCCCAAAAGCGAGUCUGUCCAGAGGUUCCAGGUCUACUACUUGGGCAGUGUCUCCGUGGCGAAGCCUGUGGGGAUGGAGGUCCUCAACGCGGCGCUGGAAGCAGCCCUGGAAGCGGGCAGCAAGGAGCAGUGGACCCCCACCCAGUUCAGCGUGGCCCCCGCCACCCUCACCCUCACCCACCAGCAGACGGAGGCUGUGCUGUGUGAGUGCCGGGUGCGCUUCCUGUCCUUCAUGGGCAUCGGGAGGGACGUCCGCUCCUUCGCCUUCAUCAUGGCUGCUGCCCCCGGGGACUUCCGCUGCCAUAUGGUCUGGUGUGAACCCAACGCUGCCGGGCUAAGCGAGGCUGUCCAGGCCGCAUGCAUGCUCCGCUACCAGAAGUGCCUGGACGCCCGCCCCCAGGCCUCCCCCAGCCCUUCCUCCUCCUCCUCCUCCUCCUGCCUGCCGGCCCCUCCAGCUGCGGACUCGGUGGCACGCCGCGUGGGCUCCUCCGUCCGGAAGGGCGUCCAGACCCUGCUGGGGACCCUCAAGCCCAAGCGCCAGGGGGGCGCUCAGACGCCAUGACCCCCGAUCCCUCUGGGGACCUCCUCCCCUUGGAGACCCCUCCCCAGACGCCCACCUCUCCCCUCCCCUCACGGACUGCAGCUCCCCCCUCCGCCCCUCCCCCUUCAGUGAAAGCAAGUGUGGAAGUUGUGUAUUUAUGCAGAGCGAGUGAGGAAGGAAUGACUGCGUUCUCUCCCUCUGCGGAGCUGCUGGAGGGGAAGGGAGGAGGCAAGGGAAGAGGGUUUUAUUGGGUGGGGGUCCAUGUUGGAGGAAAGGGGGGUCUCCCCUCCCCCCACAAUGUCAUUUAGUCUAACUGAAUUGAGAGGGGGAGAGAGAAGCUGAUGUUGCUGCUGUUGGUGUUUGGGUGGGGGGGUUGUGCCUAGGCACUGACUAGCCUUGCCCCCGCCCCAAAUCAAAGGACUGAGGCCUUGCAGGUGGGGAGGGGGGGGGCAGAAGAGAGCUCUGUGUUGUACUAAAUUCAUUAAUAAACUCUGUUCCCAUUGA